AUGCCUGCUGUGAAAACAGAACGAAAAAAUGGACGAGGUGCUGGAAAGGCAACUGCCAGUAGCUACGAAGCGCUGAAGAUAGCCAAACAACGAAAGAUUGCAAAGAGGGAGCGCGAAAGAUGUGCAACGAUUAAUAAAGAAUUUGACGCUCUGAAAGGAAAAAUUGCAUUCCUGACUGCUGGAAUCCCCGUGAAACAGUUAUCAAAGAAAAUGGUUCUCGAAAUCGCUACCGAAUACAUAACUCAUUUGAAAAAAAUUCUGAGAUCUCCGAGUUUCGAACCAGCAGGAUCCAGCUCUACAGACGAUUUAGUCGUUGAUGACCAUGACUACUUUGGAACCACCGUGAAGAAAUUAAAUUAUUGA